CAACUCUAUAGUCAUUGCUAUUGUCGAGUCAUUAUAAGUUUCUGGAAGUUUUUCGCGUCCGAGCUAUUGCAAGCCAAUAAGUAUAAAUAGAAACCCGAUCCUACUGAACUAUUAUUUCGUCACAAACAAGAGAAGUAAAAGGAUAUAAUGGAGUUUCCACAUUUGGGACAACACUGCAACGAAAGUACAUGCAACAGACUGGAUUUCUUGCCUGUAAAGUGCGAUUCAUGCGACAAGGUGUUCUGUGCGUCACAUUACAAUUACGACCGUCACAAUUGCCCAGGGGCUUAUAAAAAGAAUGUGCAAGUCCCCAUUUGCCCGCUCUGCCACGAGCCAGUUCCUACGCCUCCUGGCACUGAACCGGAUCUGACCGUUGGCCAACACAUUGAUAAACAAUGUAAAUCGGAGAGCAAGAAAAUUUAUACAAAUCGCUGCAACGCCAAAGGCUGUAAACGAAAGGAGUUGAUUCCGUUAAAGUGCUCGCAGUGUCAUUUAAAUUUCUGCCUACGUCAUCGUCAUACCAGUGAUCACGAUUGCCAGUCGCAAGCGAAAAAAGAUGAUGCUUCUAAAUCCUCUCAGUCUAUAUUCAAAACCACCUCAGAUCCGCGAUCGAAAGCCGCCCAAGCAGCCGAAAAUCGUCGCCAGAAGAAGCCAGCAAAUGCAUUUUUCAACUCAAAUCCUCGACCAAGACCAGUGCAGGCCACACAAGUACAAAAUAUUCAAGGAAACAUGAGCGAAGAUGAGGCACUGGCCCGUGCUUUAGCCCUGUCCAUUAUGGAACAGGAUGAUAAUGCAACAUCCUCAGGAGCAAACAGUCAACUACCAGCAACCAAUAACACACAGAGUGUGACUGUAGGUGGUCGUGAUAGCCAACAGUCCAGUGCCAAGGAUAAAUGCUCGCUAUCAUAGGGCCCAAUUUUCUUUACACAACACACAUAUCGUCUCAAACAUUUACCACACAAUCACAUGACCAGCAGCCGAAUGUAAUACAAAACGCUGCCAAAACUAAUAGUUGUAAUUAAAUCCAAUUGUUUUUUAUAUUAUUAAUUGUUGUAAUAUUAUUUAUCAAUAAUUUACUUUGACUUCGUCACAUUCUAAGCGGCUUAGCAAAAAUAAACCAUUGUUUAAUCUAAA